GCCAAGACCAUACUCGUUUCAGGAAAUAACACUACCACAGGUAUAUUUCUUGUUACUCUUAGAACUGUAGGAAAGCGGCAUUGGAGCAUCGUUGUGACUUCGGCAGCAACACCCACCCGCCUUCCGUCCUCCCCGCUUCACCAAAAUGCUCGCCAAUAUUUGCCGACAGCACUCUCGGUUCGCUGUGCGGCAAAGUAACCGUGUGGCCAUUCGCUUCGGCUCUUCGAGGCCCGUUAGCAACAGCCGCACAAGUAUGGCGGCUCACGCAAUUGCUGUCGGCCAGAAGCUGCCGGACGGCAAGUUCAAGUACUUUGACGGUGAGGGUCAGAUGCGCGACAUGAGCACCGAGGAGCUGUGCAAGGGCAAGCGGGUGGUGCUGUUCGCGGUGCCGGGCGCCUUCACACCCACCUGCUCCCUCAAGCAUGUGCCGGGGUUCGUGGAGAAGGCGGACGAGUUCAAGCAGAAGGGUGUGGACACCAUCGCCUGCGUGUCUGUUAACGACGCGUUCGUGAUGUCCGCCUGGGGCAAGGAGCAGCGCACCGGCGACAAGGUGCUGCUGCUGGCGGACGGCAACGGCGACUUCACGCGCGCGAUGGGAGUGGAGCUGGACCUGGCCGACAAGGGGCUGGGCAUCCGGUCGAGGAGGUACUCCAUGCUGGUGGAGGAUGGAGUGGUCAAGACUCUGAACCUGGAGGAGGGCGGCGCCUUCACGGUGUCAUCUGCGGAGGACAUGCUGGCCGCCAUUCCGUGAGAUGAGAGGGGGGGUGAUGAGGGGAAGCUAUUGAGGAGUGGAGCAGGUGGGGGGUGGAGCAGGUGGGUGUGCAGGGUGGCACGGCAGGAGGCAGUGUAGGAGGAGGGUGGGAGAGGGGAAGGAGCGGGAAGGAGGCGCGGCCGCAGCAGGAGGAGGAGGAGGAGCAGCAUCAGCGACUUCCCAUGCGGUGCGCUGCGGAAGGUUGCUAGCUCCCGCGCAUGAGGGUGGUGUAGGGUAGGUUGCAGGGGGGGUUGCAGCAGCGGGAGGCACGCAGGAGGCAUGGGGAGCCGCAGGCUGGUACGGGUAUGUAGCUGUUGAAGGACUUGUGGGUGGGGACGCCGAGGGCUUCCGUUGAGGGAAGUUGGAGGGCGCUACCCAAGACGGGUAGGUCACUGUUGAAGGCCUCUUGAAGGCUUGUUGAGAAGGUUGGAGCAGGGGAGGAUGUCUGUGUGCGCCAAUGCCGUGUUCAUGGAUGGGAUGUAGGAUGGCAUGCAUGUUCGUUAGCUAGCAAGGAUGGAUGUGCAAGACCUGCCGAUACGACGCAGCAGUAUUAUGCACACCCAUGGGUCAUGUCCCCACCUUUGUUGCUGGAAGUGGUUCCUUGUUGAGACAUGGGCACCCGCUGCGAUUUGGCUGCGGUGUACGUUGUUGUGCGCGUAUGUUGCUGGCUUUGCAUCAUCAUGAGGAAUGCUGGAGAUGUGUUUGCGUACAGGCCCCUCCUACCGCACCCCACCACACAGCACGGAGAGGGUUCAUCGCACAUCAGCAGGGAAGGCACUCGUGGUCGGUUGUGCUGUGCCCGUGUUGUCGUGUCCCCCGUGGGAGCAGCAUGUGCCGGUAAAGCGGCCCCCAGGUAUGCCCUUUCUCUCGCUCAAUCUUGAUUCUCC